AUGAAAAUAAAUAUUCAAGUACACUUCGAGGCGAUCUUCCGGUCCCGUUCACUCGCCCCGUUCAAUAUGCAAAAGGAUUUGUAUGGUGAUAUUCAAGUUGUAAGGACCUCAUGGCUUCGACCAUCCAUUUGUCAAGCUGCAAAGAAAAAAAAUGAUAUGCUCGACGAGUUGCUGUGGAAAGUGUGCGUCGAACGGAUCACAAUCGAGUCG